GUGGUUCUAGCUUGCCACGUUGCCGCCGGCAGCUUCGCGCAGCCCGACCAGAAGGGGGAGAGGUUCGGCAAAGUCCGGAAACGCUCGGCAAUGGCCGGAGGCGGCUUUUAAGGAGCGGAGCGGCUGCCGGCUUGCCCUGCCCCGCCGUCGCUCGGCGCGAAGGGACUUGGCGCGGUCGUUGCCGCUUCGUCCUGCCGUCGCGCCGUCAGUGGAAGGGGCGCGAUGCUGGCCGACAGCCUGGUGGAGGAGUUCGAGAUCCGCGAGGAUGAGCCCUGGUACGACCAGCAGGACCUGCAGCAAGAUCUUCACCUUGCUGCUGAGCUUGGGAAGACACUGCUGGACCGUAACACUGAGCUAGAAGAAUCUUUACAGCAAAUGUAUGCAACAAAUCAAGAGCAACUGCAGGAGAUAGAGUACCUCACAAAGCAAGUGGAGCUCUUGCGUCAGAUGAAUGAUCAGCAUGCAAAAGUCUAUGAACAGCUGGAUGUGACGGCAAGAGAACUAGAAGACACUAAUCAAAAACUAGUUGCAGAAAGUAGAGCCUCACAACAAAAGAUACUAAGUUUGACAGAGACUAUUGAAAAUCUGCAAACACAUAUAGAUGACCUGCAACACCAAGUAGAAGAACUAAAAAAGACUGGACGAGGCCGGAUGAACCACGAGAGAUCUGACCAGCCAAGAUCAAUGCACAGCUUCUCAUGUUUGAAGGAGCUGUAUGACCUUCGCCAGUAUUUUGUUUAUGAUCAUGUGUUUGCAGAAAAGAUUACUUCGAUGGAUAGUCAGCUAAGUCCUAUAGAAGAAGAAAAUGAGAACUUAAAAAAAGCAGUUACCGUUCUGCAAGCUCAACUUAACCUAGAAAGAGCAAAGAGGGUAACAAUGGAAGAAGAAUAUAGUCUCAUGGUGAAAGAAAACUGCGACCUUGAACAGAGGCUUGUUGAUAGUGACUUGUAUCGGGCUCGUGCAGAGGAGCUGGAAGCGGAAGUAGCUGAAAUGCGACAGAUACUUCAGUCUGAAAACACGUUCCAUAAUGCAGAAAAAUUGGUGCCAGAAUCCUUUUUCAUUUCGUUCAAGGAAUCUUUAGAAAGGGAGCUUGGUCAGAGCCCAGCAGAUGAUGGACUUCUGACCUUAUCCGAGCUUGAGAAGAAGGCACUGAAACGGAGCAGCAGUGAGAACUUCCUAAGCAGUGCUGCAGGGGGAGACAUUCUAAGAGGCCACGAGGAAACAUGUAUUAGGAGAGCUGAAGCUGUGAAGCAGCGAGGCAUCUCUGUACUUAAUGAAGUUGAUUCUCAGUACAAUGCUCUGAAAGUGAAGUAUGAGGAACUUCUGAAGAAGUGUCAAAUGGAUGAAGAUUCCUUGAAACACAAGGCUGUACAAACACAGAAGCAGUAUUCCAAAGACCUAAAUGUGGGGAAUACCCAGUAUGAUCUUUCAGCUAGCAAUCCAGAAUUCACUAAUGUGGAGCUAAAUGACUCUCCCACAAAUGCUCUUCCUGAAUAUAAAGCGCUCUUCAAGGAAAUUUUUAGCUGUAUCAGGAAGACAAAGGAAGAAAUAGAUGAACAUAGAGCUAAGUACAAGUCUCUCUCCUCCCAGCCAUAGCACUGAACUUGCUGACAGCCCAUUUUCUGUUGAUGACAAAUCUGUUAUUCAAGAAGGGGGAAAACUUGAUUCAAAUGUCAGAAGACCCCUUAUACAGAUGUAUUUCUUGAGCACUCAAAAUUGAAUGUUUUGAAUUGGCUUGUAGACCUGUAGUUAACAAGCUAGGUAGUCAACAACUAGUCUCCUGUACCUAUGUAGCAAUAGAUUUAAUGUUCUUUAGCCCUGUCACACA